CCACCGCAGUUGGACCGUAGACGUCAGCAGUCCUGUAGGCGAGGUCUCUGAGAGACCCGGGAGGGAGGAGGGAGGAAGGGAGGAGAGGCCGUGUCCGCGCCCGCGCCGUUGCGCACAAAGCCGCCGACCCCAGGGCCGGGAUCCGAGGAGCAGCCACCGCCCCGGGAGCAGCGCGGCGAGACGCUGGGCGCCCCCUAUGCCCCCGCGCCCCCGCCGCCCCCGCCGCGGCAGCCGGAGCGCACCGAGAGGACGCGUCGCCGCGGAGCCCGGGUGCAGCUAGCGGCCCCCGUCCCCGGCGGCGGAGCCCCAGGUGAGCGGUGAGCGGCGAUCGGGACGGCGGCGAGGCGUUUGCGGGCCCCCUCCUGCUGCCCGGGCCCGGCCCGCUCAUGGCGGCCAUCCGCAAGAAGCUGGUGGUGGUGGGCGAUGGCGCGUGUGGCAAGACGUGCCUGCUGAUCGUGUUCAGUAAGGACGAGUUCCCCGAAGUGUACGUGCCCACGGUCUUCGAGAACUACGUGGCCGACAUCGAGGUGGAUGGCAAGCAGGUGGAGCUGGCGCUGUGGGACACGGCUGGCCAGGAGGACUACGAUCGCCUGCGGCCGCUCUCCUACCCGGACACCGAUGUCAUCCUCAUGUGCUUCUCGGUGGACAGCCCGGACUCGCUGGAGAACAUCCCCGAGAAGUGGGUGCCGGAGGUGAAGCACUUCUGCCCCAACGUGCCCAUCAUCCUCGUGGCCAACAAGAAAGACCUGCGCAGCGACGAGCACGUCCGCACCGAGCUGGCCCGCAUGAAGCAGGAGCCCGUGCGCACGGACGACGGCCGCGCCAUGGCCGUGCGCAUCCAAGCCUACGACUACCUCGAGUGCUCCGCCAAGACCAAGGAGGGCGUGCGCGAGGUGUUCGAGACGGCCACGCGCGCCGCGCUGCAGAAGCGCUACGGCUCCCAGAACGGCUGCAUCAACUGUUGCAAGGUGCUAUGAGGGUCUCGCCUGCCCCUCCGCCCCUGCCAGCGCGGCUCCCCCUCCCCGUCCCGCCCCCCCCCCGCCCGCCACGAGCCGGCCGAGGAGGGGGGGAGGAGGAGAUCCACGGGCCCCCUUUCCUCCCAUGGACCCUCCACGGACUGCCUGGCAUCUGCUGGCGGCUCUGGUUUGUCACGCCAAGAACUGGCCUGGGCAUCGGGCGCCCCCUGUCCAGCGUCUGUCUGUAUGCGACGGAGCGGAGCCGCACAGGCCUGGGCGGCCCUCCACCCCAACCCUCCUCACCUCCCCCGAGUGCCAAGAGGGUCCCUGAGCAUCCUUGUCUGAAGAGCCAGGCCUCAGAAUGUGUGACUGCGUGUAGGUUGGACUCCCCCGCCCCAUCUUCACCCCCACCCCGGCCUCUGGUUCCCAGGGGGCACGUUGGGCUCCAGAGCGCGGCCGCGCCCCAUCAGAUGUCCACCCCAUUACCAGCCAGUGCGAUCUGUUCCUUGUCUGUAACAUAGACCCUGGGAACUGCGGGAGGGGAGGGCUGGGGAGGACGGGGGUGGGGAGGGGUGUUACAUAAAUAUAGAUAUAAUUUUAUUUUCGGAGGUAAGAUGGUGUUAUUUAAUGGUGUGGUGAGCCAAGCGGCUAGGGCGUUCCAGGCUGGAUUGGUGCCCAUCCCAAGCAUGAAUUGGACUUGACCAUCUUUCUGACCACUGGUGAUAUUUGCAACUGACUGGGGGCUGAGAGGAAGCAGCCUCUCCACACGGCGCCUCCUGAGGGCCAGCCCCCAGCGAACCCCUCCACCAGCCAGCGGCGGGCGGAGGGAGGGUGUGCUGUGGGGUUGUUUUUGCCAUAAGCGAACUUUGUGCCUGUCCUACAAAGUGAAAAAUUGUUCAGUCUAAGAAACUGAUGUUCUUUGAUUUAUUUAAGGCUAAAACUUUUUUUGUUGUUGUUGAAAGAAUUCUUUGCACAAUUGUUUCAUUGUUUGAGACUUAAUGCACUUGUCAUUUGCAUAAGACAGUAGCAUUCAGACCACACUUGUAUGCUGUAACCUCAUCGGACUUUUUUUUUUUUUAUGAUGAUGACUUUUAAAAUUAGGAGAGGGGGAAGGAAAACCCUACUAAUUUUUGCUUUGUUUUCUUGAAAAAAGUGGUAACACUGUUUUGUGAUUUUUAUCUGUGCAGAGUAUGCACAGUAUUUUGAUAAAGGAAGGUAACACAUAUUGGGGCCUAUUUAAAACUUUUCUUUUUCACAAGGCAAUGUCUACAGCGAUGUGAAUUUUUCUGUGCAUUUCUGUACAGAGAACAGACCCCCUCCCCCAUUUCCUUUUCCCCUUCCCUUCCCAGUGGUACUUCUACUAAAAUUGUUGUCUUGUUUUUUAUUUUUUAAAUAAACUGACAAAUGACAAAGUGGUGAGCUUAUGAUGUUUACAUAAAAGUUCUAUAAGCUGUGUAUACAGUUUUUUAUGUAAAAUAUUAAAAACUAUGAUGAUGACAUUUA